AUGGCGUCUGUCUCCGAGAAGUUCGACGCCUCGGGCGGCUUCAGCGGCAAGGACGACGGCCGCGCCAAGGUGCACAUCCGCAUGCAGCAGCGCAACGGCCGGAAGUCUUGGACGACGGUCCAGGGGUUCCCAGAGCAGGUGCGGCUCCCGAAGACAGGCAGGGUUCUGCCCGUGAAUUUCGAGAAGAUCUUGCAGCACCUCAAGAAGACAUUCAAAACCAACGGCACGCUCAUCUAUGACGCGGAGCACGGCACCAUCAUACAGCUGCAGGGUGACAUCCGCAAAGAGGUGGCCGAGUUUCUGGUCGUAGCCACAGCGCUGAUAUCGAAAGACCAGGACGUCCCAGCAAGCGGCGGAGUGCGGGUCCGACGCGUGCUGGGCGAGGGUCUGCACACCGCGGUGCCAUGCACGACAAGACCGAACGAGGCGCUCUACGCGGCGCGGAUCGACGGCCUCCAGGCGGAUGCCAGAUACCGAUUCGUGCUCGCGGCCGCCAACGGCGUGGGCACUGGCCGCUGGUCUGGGCCGUCAUCGCUGGUGCAGACGCCGGUCGGGGCGCCGGCCCCGCCGGCGAACGCCGUGGCGACGGUGGCCCUCGACUCCAACCAGCGGGUCGCAGUCAACGUCACCUGGGAUUGCGGCCCGGGCUGCGUCGGCAGCGGCGCGGUCGACCGAUUCGUCGUCAGGCUGGCGCGGCAGCAGCAGCUCGGCGCGGCGGCGGCAGCGGCGUCGGGCAGUUGCUCGAGCAACGACGCCGUGCUGAGCGAGCAGGUCCGCGUGCCCAGCGCCGUGGCCGGCAGGAGGGUGUCCUGGUCCAAGGCGCUCACCAGGCCCGGGCACUACGUGGUGGAGGUCGUGGCCGAGAACACCGUGGGCCAGCAGAGCCCCCCGGCGUCCCUCGCGCUUGAGGUGCGGCCGGAGACCUUCCCGCCCGAGCUCCAGGAGCUGCCCCCAGACAUGCCGCACUGGGCCGAAGAGCCCGUGCUCGUCCUGGGCGCGCGCGGGCGGGCACAAGCGGAAUCAGCGACCAUCGAAGUAAACUCCUUCAAGCAAUGGCGAAGCGUCCUGGCGUGCCUACAGGCCCACCGAAGAAUGUUCUAA